GUCAGAAUAAAAGAAAAAAGUUUAAUCGCACAAUUGGUUUGCCAAAAUAGUUGAAAAUAGUUGCAAAAUGUAAAUAAUCAUUUUGCUCAUGAUUGAAAAGUGAAGUUUGUAUGAAACACAGUGAGCAAAAAGUGAAUUCCAAUUUAUUUUGGGUGACGACAUUUGGCAAGCAUGGAACAAUCGGAGCUGCGAAGGAAUCUGGCAAUUCAUCCCAAAAGAUUCUGUCGUCUGUGUCUAAGCAAGGAUGAAAAACUGGUCAGAACACUCGAGCAGGAGCCGGACGAUACACUGGUGCAACAAGUUUACGAAUGUACUACCGUGAAGAUCACGUUAAAAGCUAGCUAUCCAGACUCAAUUUGUGCAAUGUGCGAUCGUAAAAUGAUUGAAUACAAAAACUUCCGCGAGGAAUGUGUCAAAAACGAUGCCAUACUGCGGAAGCUUAUCGAUGGUGAGCAAGUUGCUGCCACCGAAGAAACAGCUGAGUCAGAAAAACAGUCGGACGAAUCGGGGCCGACACUCGAACUGAUCGAGUCCAGUGAUAUCACAGACUUGCAGCUGCAGCUGUAUGGUUCAUCGGAUGAAACGACUUGCAGCCAAGGAGAGCCCGUGCAGAAAAAGAGGAAAGCUGCUGCUUCCGUUGAGGAUUCUGAAAGUGAGGACGUAAAACCGGCCGUAACGGAGCCUGAAGCCGACAACGAAUGCACUGCUAAAAGCACUAAACCGGAGGCUGUCCUUCCUGCAACGGAAAUUCCAACAUCGGCGCCAAUCAAAACACCAACCAUCAGCGUAAGGCCGCUGUCAAGCUUGGCGUCGUCGUCGUCGUCAUCGGCCCCGUCAGCUGCAGCAGCCGCAACCACCUCGACGCCAGUUGUCAUCACAACAAAGCAAAGUAUUGAAGAAAUUUUAGCAAUAGCCAAUGGCAACCGGGACGCUGAAAAGACACCGGUGCCAGCCGUCGUUGGUCCGGAUGGCCGACUGGAGUGCGUCAUUUGCUCGCGACCUUUCCGUAAUACGUACACCCUAAAAAGACACAUGAACUUGCACACCGAAGAAAACCUAUACACUUGCGAGUAUUGUGGAAAGAAAUUCAACGAUCGUUCCAACUGGAAGAUUCAUCUUCGUGCCCAUACCGGAGACAACCUGCUCAGAUGCGCAGUUUGCUUCAAAACAUUCAUAUCUCCGUCGACGCUCAAAUAUCACCUGCGGGCACACCGCAAACUGACGAUCUACGAAUGCCGUCUGUGUAUCGAAGCCUGCGAAACCUACGAAGCCCUGGCUGCGCACGUCGUGGUAAAGCACAGCGAUAUUCGCCCUGAAGACCUUGCCAAAACGGCAGACGAUGCUUUGCUGGCCGGUGACUUUUUAAAAAUUGAAAUGGACGCCGAAGAUAGCAUGCUGGCAGCCGGAAUGUCCGACCAAGAUGAUGCACCCGAAGCCACACCGGCGCCCCCGCCUUUGAUGCGGGCUCCUAUUAAGGUGAAACCCACAACUGCGCUGGCAACUUCGACGACGAAAAAGGUUGCAACUCCGGAAGAAUCAGCGGGCGCUCUGCAAGUACAAAUAAAGGAAGAACUUCCCGAUGUGGACGACAUCGAAAUCAAACAGGAACCUUUGGAGGAUGACACUUUGGACCCGGAUCCAGAUGGAGUCAAUCACAUCGGAAAGCAACUACCGACUGUUCAGGAAGAGGAGGCCCCACCGGUAAUCCUCUUCCGCUGCGAUUAUUGCAUGAAAAUAUUCAAAUACCUGUACGAGCUGCGGGUGCACAUGAAACUGCACAAUGGCACCAAGGUGCCACCGAAAGCGGGCACGGCGGAAAGCAGAACGGAAGAACCCGCAAGUUCGACCGCCGGUUUAGCCAAGAAGCGUGUCACCCGUAGCAGUCUGCCCGUUGUUGUGCGACCGGAAUCGCCCUCGCCGAAGAAAGUCCGCCAUCCAUCGAUCGACGAAGAUGUCGGCGAGCUCGUUAACGCUCCACUGCCGGAGCACAGCUGCGGCAAGUGCGACAAAAGCUUCCGCACCGAGGAGCUGCUCAAGGUGCACAUCGAGACUCACAAAACGGACGAAGACGUAACGCAGGCCCGUAGCUGUAAGGUUUGCUUUAAAACAUUCAAGUGCGAACUGAAUCUGGUGUCGCAUAUGCGCAAGCAUCACCCGUACGAAACGUUCGUCUCCGAACAGCAGGCACACGGUUCGGACGACAAACCUCAAUCGCCGGACAGCAGCAGCAACGACGGCAAUCAGUCACAGACAGAAUCGCAGGAAUCGCCCACGGGAUCGACGAGCGAGGCCGGCGGUGGUGGUUCCGCCGAACGAAAGUGUGAAAUAUGCGCCCUCAGUUUCCAGUGUGCCUUCAAGCUGGAGAAGCACGUGUUGACGCACUUCAAGAACAACGAAGCAGUCGCGUUCGUGCCAUCGGCCGAUCGGCCCUACAAGUGUACCGAGUGCCAUAAGCGGUUCAAGCGGAAGGAUUACCUGCUGAUUCACAUCCGGACGCACACCGGCGAGCGACGGCACAAGUGCGACAUGUGUUCCAGCGCGUUCGUGCACCCGUCGAAUCUGAUCACACACCGCAAGUUGCACUCGAACGAGCGGCCGUUCAAGUGCGAUCUCUGCCCGGCCGCUUUCAAACUGUUCGCCGGACUGAAGAUCCACCGGAAGCGGUGUGCACUGAAGUAUCUGCAGGAGAAUUGCGUAACGUUAACGUAGGGGGUUGGAGGGGGCGCCUAUAAAAAAGCGUAUGAAGUGUAUGUUUGACAUAUGACCGGUGAGGAGACACCGCUUCCAAAUCUGUAUUUUCUAGUUGUUCGUUUAUAACGGUAUGUGAGUUCAGUUGUCUACACUGCGAAAUCGGUUUAGUAACGAUUUGUUACGAUCACACAUGUUUAGUUGAUAGGUUUCGAAAUAUUUUAGUUAUAAGAAGUUUUUAAUACUUGUUUGUCUCUCGCAGUGAAUAACAGAUUUAAAUUCGUAAAGUUUAGGCUAACCAUUUAUAGGACGGCUUUGUGUAUUGCAGAAAAGCAAGAGAUUUGUUUGUAUGUGUCUGCAUGAUAAUCGCGAAUGCGAAUGGUAUAUGUGAAAAUAUAUGCAUGUAAAAUAAAUAGUAUAUAAAUGACUAAAAACAAACUCAUUGUCAAGCAAUCCGCUAAUUUUUACGUUUUUGUAUUCAGUUUACUAAAUAGGUUGAG